AUGUCAAAGAAAAACUGGAAGUACAAAAGAAUGAAUCUUGUGAACUAUGAUGAAUUGGUUGAAGGCUAUUCGGUUCUUUCAGGAACUGAAGUGAAACCCGGAAAGCCUUUCACUCAUAUCUUUGAUGGCUUGAAAGGACGGCUUCACAUUUCAGUGGAGUCUGAAGAAGUCAUCUUCUCAGUUAUUGGUCCUCGGAGUGUUCACCUCUCUGGCUACUAUCUUGGUGGUCAUCGGCAUCGCAAUUUAGAUGAUAAUUCAGAAUCCUAUGGGGAAGAUAUUGCUGACUCAGAAACACAGAGAUCCGUUAACAGUGAAGAAGAUAAGUAUGAUGAUAGUUUUAUUGAUGACGAUGACCCGAAGUUUACCCAUCUUCUCCUGUUUCUGAUAGUGGAGACAACAUACUCAUGUUCAUCUACAUUGAGUUUAGAGGCAUAUUUUACCUUUUUUGAUUCUGAUUCUGGUUAUCUAGAGGAGGUUUUGAAUAAGAAGAGACCUCAGAAUGGAAGGGCGGCCGCAGACGACUUAGAAAGAUGUACCAAUUGA